AUGAAUAUAGAUCAUGACAGCCGGAGACGGCGCAGCGCGCUGGCGUGCAACACAUGUCGAGCACGACGGACGAAGUGCGACGGGCAUCGACCCAAGUGCUCUUUCUGCAUUAAGCGCAGCAAGGACUGCUUCUAUCAGGAGCCCCAAGACCUUGCACCAUCUCCCCAGAAGCUGGAGCUAUCGAGGAUAUGGGAGCAGCUAGAGCGCAUUACUAUAGUAGUACAGGGCCAGUCUCUGAAAAGCUCUCCCUCGCCUAAGGCGCAGCAGUUAUCUCGUUCCUUAACAGAUCGUGACGCGUCCACCGGGUUUCCGAUAAUGGUAAUCCAAAAUACAGCAUUCAUGAACCUCCUUAGCCUGGAUCAAUCCCUACCUGUGUUCCUCGAAGGCCUGGAGCGCGGAAGACCAGAAAUAACUCCUCAGCCACCUAGAACCCCCACUGUGAUGAUCGAUCUCCAGCACGCGUCCAUCGCAUUUAUGGAGCAAAUCUACAUCUGGUACCCAAUUCUGCAUGCCGAGUACACCGAAGAGUUCGUCCAGGCAAUAACGUCCUAUUUCCCGCCCUCAGUGGGGUCGUGCCUCACUCUUCUUAUCUUAGCUAUUGGAUGUGUGGUGAAGUGCGAAACCAUCAUGGACACCGUGCGGAGACGCCCGGAGGCGAUAUACAUACAAGCGGCUAAGGAGAUGCUCCCAUGUGUCUUUGCAAACAGUAGCCCGCGCAGCGCGCAGUGCCUGCUCUUGUUCGGUAUAUACCACCUUUGUUGUGCGCGACCAUGUCAGGCGCACGACUAUGUGGUGAUGGCAUCGUAUAGACUGCAGAACUAUUUGAUAAACGAAAUCAGAGUCCAACUGGACCUCGUCGACAGUGGAAUCUGGAGCGUGGCUUCAUACGCCCCAGCCCUAGCAAGCUCAGCAACCUGGACCUGGAACCAACCACAGCCUUUCGAGUCUCCCAAUAGUACAAAUGGUACAAGCGACAGCGAUAGUGACCUGUCCUACUUCGUUGCGGAGAUCGCUAUGCGCAAAAUGCUACGGCGCUGCACCUGGUCGAUCAGCACUCUGUCCCAGGGCAGUCACGUCUACGCGCCCAUUGUCGCCACCGAGCUGGAGCGCCAAUUAGAUGAGUGGCUGCAGAUGCUGCCAGAGCCGUUAUCAUUCCGCGCUUCAAGUUCAUGCAUCGGCAGCUCGUGGCGGAACUCAACGCGGGGCGAGUUCCUGCGCACGCAGUACUACGCGUUCAAGGCGUCGAUCUACUGGCCUGCGGUCUAUGAAGCACUCAGUGCAGGGGAGGCAAACGACGACCUCCGUCGCCACUGCAGUAAGUUCUUUACUAGCUAUGCUGAAUUUGCUACCAGUGCCGCUGCCGCUGUAACGGUCUGCAAACCGAAUGUCUGGACUUUAUAUGCGAGGUGA